AUGAUGAACCAAAAUGUAUAUGCUAAGAACGAUAUCACUUCUCAUCUUUACAACACACCGGAAAUGACGUCGAUGAUGAUGGCAACAGAAAGCAUUCUCCCUAAGCAAAACAAUGCCUUCAUUCAAAACUAUAAUUUCCCUGGAGCAAAUCGACAAGUGUUUGCAAGUUCAGCGAGAUAUCCCUCUUAUCAGCCGAAUGUCAGGGUUACUCCUCCAACUCCUUUAAAUCCCCAGAUUAAAGUAUAUCAGCCCCCCGCACCUAUUGACUCCAGUCUUCGACUUUUCUGGACGACAGUUCUGCCCCAUGGAGGAACAAUGGAUGAAUUUGCAAUUGUAAAGGACGACGAAAGGGUGAUAUACGUUGUAUCCGACCAGGUUCCUCUUCAUGGCAGUCUGGAUAAAUCAUCCACCCUCUUAGAUUUCACAGUCGGACACAUGGCUAUGCGGUUUGAUAUUGAUGGAACUAACGGUCAAAUAUGUUUCGUCACCCACACAUCUGCCAAAUUCCAGAAGACCAAAGAAGCAUUACAAAGAAGGGUGAUGGCCCAGGUCGUGACCCUUGCUGACCCAAUCCAGCUGUAUGCUGAGCUAACGACCCAUGUUCCCCACCAUAACCUACACACCGUCGGGGGAGCUCAAUUCUACAAGUUCUGCAAGGCAGCCAUCAAGCAGGAUAAUGUCUAUGAACUUGUUAUGGAACCAACCGGAAAUAUUGGCGCCACUACAUUUACCGGAUCAGGACUGGUUUACCCAUCAGAACCCGGAUUGUCAGUGCCAAUUACUAUAAAUGUAGAAUCAUUGAUCAAUUUGAAGAACAAACGAUUCUAAUUUCAUGUUUGAUAAUUUUGUAACA